CAAACACAAUUAUUUCCCAUCCAACGGACAACAAUCAGAUUUCCCUGGGUCUAAAUGAUUCCUCUAGUCACUUUUGUACUUUUCAUAACCAUCCCUCACAUUAUUUACUCAUAGUCUCAUAUGGGCAAUUCUUCAAUUUCUCCCCCAAAAGAACAAGUUCUUGAAGAACAACAAUGGAAAAGCCAGUCACCAGAAAGUGCUCUCAAGAAGUCUGGUUUGCCAUCUUCACUUCCCUUGCCUUGUUUUCAGUUUUGCUUUGCUUUGAUUACUCAGCUUUAAUAGGUACAGAAAAAGGGGUCAAUUUUUUGGUCGACAAACAGAACAACCCACUUGUUUUUUCCAAAAACAAAACCAAUUUUAUCCCCAAGAAUUCCACUUUAGAUUCUUGCCAUGGUAAAUACAUAUAUAUCCAUAAUCUUCCAAGCAGAUUCAACCAAGAUUUGCUCAAGAACUGCAAGCUUCUCACUAGAGGAACUGAAAACUCAAUGUGUCCUUACUUAAAGAACAAUGGUCUUGGUCCUGAAAUUGAUGGUUUUGAAGGGGUUCUGUCCAACAAAAGUUGGUUCUCGACAAACCAAUUCUUGUUGGAAGUCAUUUUCCACAACAAAAUGAAGCGAUACAAGUGUUUGACAAAUGAUUCUUCACUUGCAUCAGCUGUAUUCAUACCGUUUUAUGCAGGCUUAGAUGUUAGUCUCCGUUUGUGGGAUCCGAACAUCUCAGUGAGAGACUCUUCAGCUCGUGAUUUAGUCGAUUGGCUUUCGAAAAAACCCGAGUGGAAAACAAUGUGGGGGAGAGACCAUUUCUUGGUUGCAGGCAGGAUUUCUUGGGACUUCAGAAGGCAAACAGACGAGUCUUCUGAUUGGGGUAGCAAACUCAGAUUCCUGCCCCAAUCAAUGAACAUGUCGAUGCUUUCAGUUGAAGGAAGCUCAUGGAGAAACGACUACGCCAUUCCCUACCCGACUUACUUCCAUCCGGCGGAAGAUAGGGCUGUGUAUGAAUGGCAGGGCAGAAUGAGGAACAUGUCAAGGCCUUACUUGUUCACAUUUGCAGGCGCGCCUAGACCAGACCUUGUGAAUUCCAUACGGGGAAAAGUCAUUGAUCAAUGUCGAGCAUCAAGUUCUUGCAGGUUCAUAGAUUGCGGUUCUGUUGAGAACAGUUGCAACAAUCCAGUUAGUGUCAUGAAAGUGUUUCAAAGCUCAGUCUAUUGCCUGCAGCCCCCGGGGGAUUCCUACACUAGAAGAUCAACUUUCGACUCGAUUUUGGCUGGCUGCAUACCCGUUUUUUUCCAUCCGGGGACAGCUUAUUCUCAGUAUUUGUGGCAUUUUCCCAACAAUUACACUAAGUAUUCUGUGUACAUUCCUGUGAAGGAUGUAAAGGAUUUGAGGGAUGGGGAUAUUGAGAAGGUUUUGCUCGGAAUUUCGAAGGAAGAAGAAAAGGGUAUGAGAGAAGAAGUCAUAAGGCUUAUACCAAAGAUAGUUUAUGCAGAUCCAAGGUCAAGAUUGAAUAGUUUUAAAGAUGCAUUUGAUUUGGCAGUUAAGGGAGUUCUUGAGAGGAUAGAGGAACUUAGGAGAGUAAUUAAGGAAGGGAAAGAUCCUAGUGUUGGUUUCGCAGAAGGGGAUGAUUUCAAGUAUACUUUUUCUGAUUGGGACAAAAAAGAUGGGAAUUAAGUGCAAGCAAGAAGAAACUAUACCAAAAUUGUUGCAUUGGAUUAUAUACUUAUAAAUGUGAAAUUUCACGGUAAUUUGCAAAUACAUUAGUUUGUUCUAUCUUUCUUUUUUUUAGAAACAUUUAAGUGCGUGGUUGUUUGGUUCAUAAAUUAUCUACGCUGGAGUAGAUAGUAGGAAGCAUAUGAAUUCCAAUUUUGUAUAUCUUCAACUUCUUCACAACCUA